AUGGCGAUAGGACAUGUCUUGUGUUGUUGUACAAAUUUGAUAAACUUAUUGUACAACAAUCCCAUCAAACCAAAUAGUAAUGGAUUUUAUAGCGAUCAUAUACCACUCUACUUCAAAACCAAGAGUUCUCUAUCAAACAUAAAUCCCGAUGGAAAUGGAUUUUACUGGUGUUAUGGUCAAGAUAGGUUAUUAAAACAAUGUCUUGGCCCAGGAGUUAAGUGUGGAUGUAGUCUUACAUUUAACAAUCCAAUUAGUUCACUGCAUGUUGCUAGUCUGCUGCUAGCGGGUGAUCUUGCCAUAAACCUGGGCCUGAAUUACACCAUAAAUAACGAAACAGAUCAACAAUCAAGCGGCAUAGGCAGAGCGAAAAAGAUUCCUAUCUUGUACGCUAAUGCCCGAA